CUUAUCUCAGCUGAUGGGUGCGUGUGGUGCAAUAUUUUGUGACAACUCAACAUUUUGUGAAUAUUUCAGUAUUGCUCAACUAUAAAAUACAUCUCAACUCUCCUUCCAUCUUCAGGUUUUCUGAUUGGUUUGCUCAGCUGCUUGUGAGCCUGGAUUUAUUUUGGUUGAUCUUCAUUCUCUGGCCCAAUUUGAAUUUGACAAGAAGAUUCCUACUUCAGAUUCUACAAUGUCCCAACAACUUGAACAGUGGAUUAAGAAACCACUGGAGGCCAUUGAUAUCCUUUUUGGUGAACUUCAAGGACAAAAAGGCUGGACUACUAAAAUUCUGGAAAAAGUUAAUGAAUGUUUCCACAGUGAUACCCUUUUAGAGCAAGUGCCCUGCAUCCCAGAAACUCCUCUUCAUGAACUACAAGAUGGACAACUUGUGCGGUUCAGAUGCCAAGUGCAGGAUCAGUAUGAGCCCGAGUAUUUUAUUGGCAACUAUGCAGCAAGAAACAAGAAUGGAGAGCUUGAGAAGCACACCAGUUUCUACCGAGAGACCAUUGAUCAAACCGUUGAGGCUGAAUUUGACGCAGCAUCUUCUGAGAACCUUGCACAGCGCAGCGUGUGCUACUGCAUCAGCCUGCCCGGCCAGCAGCCCUGGGUGUCUCAGACGCUGCUGAGUCAGACGAGAAAUCGUGCAUUCAAUGGAGCGCUGGACGUGAGUUGUUCGAGCAGCGGCUCAUGCAAGAGAACUUUGGACGAUGAAACAGAUCAGAUGGAAACAGAUCACCUCUCGGCAACCGACCUGAAUGAAGAAGACUCCUGCCCCAUGGAAGACACGAGGGAACCUGCUGCUAAACUUCCUCCUUCGUUGGUACCCAGAGUGCACUGUUUGCAGCACCGCCCCCUGGCUCACACCAACCCCCUGCUGCCUGUCAUCGACCCUCUGCCCAGCUGGUCCGCUGAUGCUUGGGGCGAGCCACAAUUUAUUUUCUACUUUUCAGUCCACAAGAAGAACAUGGACAUGAAUGUUCACGGCCAAUUUCCUCUGAACAUCUCCGGCAUCACACCUGAGCUCGCCAGCGCCGGCUUCACACGCCGACUUUACUCGUUGCUGCAGCGACUGUCAACUCACGCAGUCAUGCUGCCUCUCACCAUUGAUAACCUCAACAAGAUGCCUGUUGUGCCUAAAAAGGACUACAGCAGCAACGAGCUGCGCAGCGGACUGCUGCAGUUGCCACGCCACACGCUCCUCUGCGUCGACGAGACCGUCAUGCAGGCCGGCCAACUCGACGCUACGGGCGUCAGGAAUCUCGAGCAGAUUGGUAACGUGAUCAGCAACCAACAAUGCAAGUAUGACUUCCAGUUUCAUCACAUUGAGAUGCCAACGAACAUCAACGUGCUGGUUCUCUCUGAAGGAAAAUCGCUGCUACCAAGUGAGAGCGAAGUUGUUCUGAGACCAGCUCAUGACGACGUGGAUAAAGCGUUCACUUCAGUCGAGUCCAAGCUUACAGAAGAAGUCUUGGAAAGUCUGAGAAAGUACAUUACUCUAGCGAGACUGGCCGACUACCGAAUGCCUUCGCACAUCCAAGAGUUUCUUCAAGACGAGUUCGUGAAGGCCAGAGAACGGAACAAAGAGGCCAUGUCUCCAGAAAGGUUCCACAGUCUGCAGGUUUUAUCAAGGCUGCUCUGCAAGAGCUGCGGCGAGCUGGAGCUAACCCCGGAAAUAUGGCACAGCGCCACCGUCCUGGACGACAAACGCGCUGAGCGAAUCACCGCCCUACAGAGGCCUGCUGCGCGGAUUAGCGCGCCAGCUUUCCGGUGAAAAUAAGAUGCCAACUGUACGCUAUUCAGCGAUCCGAACAUCAAUAUAAUUUUCGUUUUAGCCAGAUAAUAUGGUCGAUUUAUGAAAAUUUUUUGAAUGUAGUCCAAAAUUAGAUCUGCCACACAUGUCCCAGCCCAAUGACCGAGAAUCGGAAAUAUUUCUAGAAAAAAUCAUCCAACACGAUAUAUUUCCCAUCAACACAAAAUGUAUUAAAACAUCAUUAGAAGUUCACAUUAUCACGAGCAAGGAAAAUAAAACCUUCUAUGCA